AUGCCAUUGACUAAAUUCUUGCAGACCAAAAGCAUACUUAUUUAUGAAAAUCCAAGAGAAAUUGUUAUUCCACCAACCCAUGCUGUCGAGAUAUUCAUUGCAUCCAUGCUGCGUGUUGAAUCGGUCAUUGGAAUGUUAAUGUACAAGCGUCCCUUUAUCAUGUCCAUAAUUGCACGUACAGACAGCAAAGCACUGCAGGUGAUGUCUACACUAAAAGGGUGUAUACAAAAGCAAAAUUGUGGUAAAGAAUGUCCAUUCAUUACCAAGUGGCAUCGUUACGUAAAAGAAGUCAUCAGUUGUACUGGGACAUCUGAAGAGGGAAUGACUGCCUCCAGGUGGUAUCUAUGGUUGAAAUCCACAUCUGUAAUUGACCAAGUGAAUAAUUUCGUGUUAAAAUGGAAAGAAGAAGCCUAGACCGAAGAGUUUGGAGGAAUUCAGCAAAUAGAGUUAAUUAGUGUGUUGAGAAGAAGUAUGAUUUAUUACAUAUCUGUAGUUUAGUUGCAGUUGUAAUAUCA